UCUCAGGAAGAGCUGAAAGCUGCCUACCGCCGGCUGUGUAUGCUGUACCACCCCGACAAGCACAGGGACCCGGAGCUCAAAACGCAGGCUGAGCGGCUCUUUAACCUUGUUCACCAAGCUUAUGAAGUGCUUAGUGAUCCCCAGACCAGAGCCAUCUAUGACAUAUAUGGGAGGAGAGGACUGGAAAUGGAAGGAUGGGAGGUUGUGGAAAGGAAGAGAACUCCAGCUGAAAUCAGGGAAGAAUUUGAGCGUUUGCAGAGAGAGAGGGAAGAGAGAAGACUGCAGCAGCGAACUAAUCCAAAGGGAACAAUUAGUGUUGGAAUAGAUGCCACUGACCUCUUUGAUCGCUACGACGAAGAAUACGAAGAUGUGCCCGGGAGCAGCUUUCCCCAGAUCGAGAUAAACAAAAUGCACAUAUCCCAGUCCAUUGAGGCACCACUGACUGCCACGGACACAGCAAUACUGUCUGGUAACCUUUCCACCCAGAAUGGGAAUGGAGGUGGAUCGAUUAAUCUUGCUCUGAGACGAGUGACAUCUGCCAAGGGAUGGGGAGAGUUGGAGUUUGGAGCAGGAGACCUUCAGGGACCUCUCUUUGGUCUGAAGAUAUUCCGGAAUCUUACACCAAGAUGUUUCAUCACUACAAACUGUGCCCUGCAGUUUUCAUCCCGUGGGAUCCGCCCAGGCCUCACCACGGUCCUAGCCCGCAACCUCGACAAGAACACGAUGGGCUACUUGCAGUGGCGGUGGGGCAUCCAGUCAGCCAUGAACACCAGUAUUGUCCGGGAUACAAAAACCAGCCAUUUCACCAUGGCGUUACAGCUGGGAAUUCCUCAUUCUUUCAUGAUGGUCAGUUAUCAGCAUAAGUUUCAGGAUGAAGAUCAAACACGAGUGAAAGGUUCUCUCAAGGCAGGUUUCUUUGGGACCAUAGUGGAAUAUGGAGCAGAGAGGAAGAUUUCCAGGCACAGCAUUUUAGGAGCCACCGUCAGUGUUGGUGUUCCCCAAGGAGUGUCCUUGAAAAUCAAGUUGAAUAGGGCUAGCCAGACCUACUUCUUCCCUGUCCACCUAACAGAUCAGCUGCUUCCCAGUGCUGUAUUCUAUGCCACUGUGGGACCUCUAGUUAUCUACUUCGCCAUGCACAGGCUAAUCAUCAAACCCUACCUCAGGGCACAAAAGGAGAGAGAGCUGGAGAAGCAAAGGGAGAGUACAGCCAGUGACAUCCUUCAGAAGAAGCAGGAGGCUGAAGCUGCAGUCCGGUUAAUGCAGGAGUCUGUCCGGAGGAUAAUUGAAGCAGAGGAAGCCAGAAUGGGUUUGAUCGUAGUGAACGCCUGGUAUGGGAAGUUUGUUAAUGACAACAGCAGGAAGAAUGAGAAGGUGAAAGUAAUAGAUGUGACUGUGCCCCUGCAGUGCCUGGUGAAAGACUCUAAACUCAUCCUUACAGAGGCAUCCAAGGCUGGGCUGCCGGGUUUCUAUGACCCCUGCGUGGGUGAGGAGAAGAGUUUGAAAGUGCUUUAUCAGUUCCGAGGAGUUCUACACCAAGUGAUGUCAGCUGACAACGAGGCACUUAGGAUACCAAAGCAAUCUCACAGAAUCGAUGCAGAUGGCUAAUCUGGGGAGA